GACCCCGCCGCUCCCAAGAUGGCGGCGCCGGCCCGCUACGCCGCUCCCAAGAUGGCGCCGAGGAACGGCUGGCACCCUCCCGCCCCUCCGCGCACGCGGGCCGGGGCCACGCUCAAGAUGGAGGCGCGGGGCGGCCGAAGAGGACGCAGAGGAGUGGCGAGCCGCGGAAGCCGGGUCAUGGCAGCGCCGGAAGAGCCGUGCGGCGGCCGGGCCGGCUGGGAGCCAGGCCGGGAGGCGGCUGGUUUGAGCGGCGCCCGGGGGCGGCGGCGGGCCCGCGGUGCCGCCGCCAUGUUCCGCUGUGAAGAGGAGAUCGUAAGUGGGGAGAGUGAGGAAGAAAGUAGUGGUGUCAACUUGAUGGAGUUCUCCGAUGAGAUCCUUUUGCACAUCCUAAGCUACGUCCCUUGCACGGACCUUGUCCUGAAUGUCAGGAGAACCUGCAGGAAACUUGCGAUGCUCUGCCUUGACAAGAGUCUAACCCAAACGGUUUUACUUCAGAAAGACUACAAGGUAAACAAAGACAAAGUGAAGCAGCUGAUGAGGGAUAUCGGAAAAGAGAUUUACCAGCUGAACAUGGCUGGGUGCUACUGGCUGCCCAGCUCCUCUAUUGAUCAUAUAACACGAUGCAAGAACCUGGUAAAACUGAACUUGUCUGGGUGCCACAUCACCUCUCUCCACCUCUCAAAGAUGCUGUCUACGCUCCAGCACCUGCGCUCCCUGGCCAUAGACGUCAAUCCGGGCUUCGAUGCCAGUCAACUAAGCAGUGAGUGUAAAGCCACUCUUAGCCGGGUCUUGGAACUGAAGCAAACCCUUUACACUCCAUCGUAUGGUGUUGUUCCGUGCUGCACUAGCCUUGAGAAACUGCUGCUUUAUUUUGAGAUCCUUGAUCGCUCGCGAGAAGGUUUUAUGCUUUCUGGGCAGCUAAUGGUAGGCGAGAGCAAUGUCCCCCAUUACCAGAACCUUCGUGUCUUCUACGCUAGGCUGGCUCCUGGCUAUGUUAAUCAGGAGGUGGUGAGGCUGUACUUGGCUGUGCUGAGCGAUCGGACGCCUGAGAACCUCCACGCCUUUCUCAUUUCUGCCCCUGGUAGCUUUGCAGAGACGGGAGCCACUAAAAACCUCCUGGACUCUAUGGCUCGGAAUGUACGUCUGGAUGCUUUGCAAUUGCCCAAAGCCUGGAUUAAUGGCUCUGGCCUCCUGCAACACUUGAAGUUCAACAACCCUUUCUACUUCAGCUUUAGCCGAUGCACCUUAUCUGGUGGUCAGCUGAUCCAGAGGGUUAUGAAUGGUGGGAAGGAUCUUAAAAGCUUGACCAGUUUGAAUCUCAGUGGCUGUAUUCAUUGUCUGGCUCCAGAAUCCUUGUUUCGAAAAGCAGAAGAUGACAUUGACAGUAGCAUUCUGGAAAGCCUGGUAGUAUCCUGCUGCAACCUGAAACACCUCAACCUCUCUGCAGCUCACCAUCACAGCUCAAAAACCAUAGGGAAUCAUUUGUGCCAGCUUCUGGCCAGAUUGAAGCACCUACUUUCAUUAGCACUACCAGUCUGCUCCAUAACAGAUGUUGCUGCAAACAUGGAAAAGCCUUCCAUGCAGUCUAAUGUGUUGCCCCAAACAUUAGGAAAGAAAGUCCGGAUUGGGAUACAGACAUACUCAAAUCAGAAACCACAGUCUUCAGUAUUCUGGGCUUUGAUGGGAAGCCUUCCGUUUUUGGAAAACUUGGAAAUAAUUGGGUCCAGUUUUUCUUCUGCCAUGCCCCGCAAUGAGCCAGCGAUUCGGAACUCAUUGCCCCCUUGUGUCCGGGCACAAAGCGUGGGGGAUUCAGAGGUAGCUGCCAUUGGCCAAUUGACUUAUUUGCAAAGCCUCACCUUAGCACAGCUGCCAAAUAUCCUUACUGGCUCUGGGCUUAUUAGCAUUGGAUUACAGUGCCAGCAUUUGCGGACUCUUUCAUUGGCCAACCUGGGCAUGAUGGGGAACGUGGUCUAUAUGUCUGCUCUCAUGGACAUGCUGAAACACUGCAAGUGUUUGAGAGAUCUCAGGCUAGAGCAGCCAUACUUCAGUGCGGGUGCCCAGUUCUUCCAGGCACUGAGUCAUUGCUCUUCUCUCCAGCGGCUUUGCAUCGUCUCCCGGAGUGGGACUCUGCAGUCUGACGCAGUGAUGUCAUUCAUGGCCAACUGCCUUGAGGUCAUCAUGUGCCACAUGUUUAUGGGAGAAUCUCUUACCGUUUGCAAAAAUCUCCAGCAGUCUAUUGUCCGGAGUUUCCAGGCAGACCGCCCUGCAUUAAAUGUCGUCAUUUUCCCUCUGCUUCAUGAGGACUUGACAGAGGUCAUCAGAGAUGUCCCCAUGAGGCACUUGGAUGAAAUUACCUUGUUUAAAAGCAGAGUGGCUGAGGAACCUCCCAACCUGUGGUGGUGACUGUCACGGCAUGGAAGGGACAAUUGGAGUGAACACACGAAAUAGCUUCUCCUUGGCCUUGAUUCUCCAUCUUCAGCCCGUGGCCACCUCACUGGAUGCUGUACAAUCACUUUAAUUAGGUGCAAUUGCAAAAUAAAAAUGCUGGGCCUUUGCCGUGGGGAAACAUCUACUGGGCGAUGCUCGCAUCUGAAAAGCCUAUCCCCAAGGCUUCUGGAAUAUGACAAGUAUUUCCUUGCAGUUAAUAAUGAAUUGCUUUGUUAUUUUCCUUAAGUUAAAGGUAAGAGAAACUGACUUGAUGAUGCUCUUCCCCUGUGUUGCCUGGUGUAAGGGCCCCUGUGUACUUUGGCAGUGUGCUUUGUGAUAUUGGUGGAAAUCAUUCUUUGCUUUGGUCUAUUUUUGGCAAAACAGAAAGCCUAGGCCAGCUAAGAGGCACAAAAGUGUGUUGCUCGGUUGAAAUGCAUCACAUCUUUUCUAUGUUACAAAUAUGCAUUUGUAGUCACAUACACAUGCAAUCACAGAUAUUUAAAGGGUUUUUUGAAUGAGAAGUACCUCAAGGACUUUUUUUUUUUUUUUGGAAUAACAAAUCUUGGCCAUUAGCCCCUUGGCCAUGGUAUGUUCUUCUUGCUGAUAAUAUUUCCAUCAGUUGGCCUGGUGGAAGAAGUUCUCAGCUGUUUUCGAAAUCCUUGUCCUAGGGUUGAUGGAGCCCACAGUGAGUAAGUUGAAGCUUAGAUCUGAUUUAAAUGCAGUCUGUCUUGCAGUUGAGAUGGGAAUGUAGUGUUCCAGUUCUGUCCUUAGAUUCCAUGCCUUGAGCUCAUGCUAAUUUUAGAGACAUUAAUGAAGUAUUUUCACAGUGUGAUUUCAGUCAGCUUCUCUGCUCCACAGAACUUCCUCAGGCAUCAGUAGUGGUCUGGAUCACUUUCAUAUUGCCUUAUUUAUUGAGCACUUUUGAAAGCAUCAGACAGCUGUACCAAAAGCCAAGCUACAAAGUCCUGGAGCGACAUUUCUGGGUGGUGGUCAGAUUUCCCUUUUGCUGGAAUAUUUUGUGAUGGAACGCUGGGUUUGUCUUUUGCAAAACAGUUAUCUAACUUCAAGUUUAUCCGUUUUUUCUCACCCGUUAUCUCCUAAAUGCUACCUAAUGUGUUGAGUGGUUUUGCUGCAACACUGCUUUUGUGGGGAGGCCCAGUGUAACCUAGAGAUGAUGUCCCCGUCUCCUCGUCAGCAUUUUCUACACAGGAUGCCAUCUCCCGAGUGCUGCUCUGUGAUCAAUGACUCUGAGGAAGCCUGGUUUGACAGGGCAUAGAUUUGAGAGCAAAAUGCAUCUCGCAGCUUCAGAGGACUUUCCUUCCUUGCUUUCCCAUCAGCGAGGUACGUACCUGUCUGGAGCUCCGACUUGUUGGUUUAUAUUUUGGGCCAGACUGUGGUAUCUCUUAUGCUCAGAUAGGUUAAUGUUAACAUGCUCAUUAAUGCUGCAGCCUUUUAUUAGCAUAAGUCUGUGCACUGCUACAAUGAACCCCUGGGUGUGUUUUCUGUCUGCCUUUGGUUUCUCCCCGGUCAGGACUGGGUGCCAGCAGCAGCCUCGGAUUUGCAGCCAGGAGUGAGGUGGUGAGGUAGGCUCGCACUUCCCCAGGAGUGACUGCGUCCUCCUCACCGCUGAGCCACGAGCGCUCCUGAAAUGUUUGAGACUCUCGGCUACCAUCAGAUCCAUCCUGGUGUGUGUGUGAGGAGCUGGUACCCCGCUCUUGGCGUGCUGCCACUGUUUUCUCUCCCGCUCUCCCAGUGAGGUCAUUCUUUCUACCUCUUGUCAUCGUGCUCGCCUGCUUGAAUCCCUCUCUCAAACAGCUUCCCUCUCCAUUCCUUCCCCCUUCAACAAAUCAAAUGCACUUUUUGGCAGCAACAUGAGCCACGGCUUUGUCCAGUUCAGGCCACUUCAGCUCUGCCUGGUUUGUGUCUGGGGCUCUCUGCUUGUUCGAAGGAGGAGGGUUAGGCAGUGAGCAGCGUUUGAAGCCUUACCAAAGCUGCAUUCCUCUGUCUCUAGCCUCAGGGCAGGGUAGAGGGAAGGCUGAGGGUUUUGGAGGUGUGGAGCCAGCUCCCUAAUGCUUCAGGGGACCUCUUUUGUCCCAUGGAGGAAUACGUGCCACCGGAGCAAGGCCUGGCCUGCCCUGAAGAGGGAUUUUCCCUCCACAUACGCACCAAGGCACCGGCGGGAGUUUGGCAGAACUCGCUUGCUCCGUCCUGCUGGAAAGCCUGAGUUCGGGAUAGCGGCAUGCACAGUGCACCUGUUGCUUAAUGCUGCUGUUAAGCCUUUGGUCUUAGGGAUGAGGUUAACCUGAUGAAAGAUGCUUUCCUUAGGCCUUCUGUUUGGCAAAACGAUGCCCGUCUGGUUUUAUAACACCGUUAUUCCGUUGCCUGGAGUACGAUGUUUAGACAUCUGUAAUCAAGAUAGCAGGUCAGUGGUCUCGAUAAGAACAUUGCCAGUUGCAGUCAGGGCUAGGAAAGGUCACCCACAGGUAAUUAAGUUAGCACCACAAAUAAAGCUUAAAAACUUCUUCCACCCUUUCCCCCCCAGCUGCAGGCCAAUGCUCAGUAUCUGUGCUACAAAUCCUCCUAUGGCGAGUGAGAAUUUCCGCUGCUUCUGCACUCCAGGCAGGAUUCACCAGAUGUUAAUAAUGUGCUUAUUUUCUCUAAGUGCUAUUUUGGCAUCGGUGUUAAUUACAAUUUAUAUUCUGCAACAUUUACACUGGGAAAAGAACCCACCCUAAUAGUCCCCAAUUGGCAGAGCCGGGCUAUUAAACAUAGCACCAUAUGUUCUGCGCAGAGCAGUGUACGGGACUCGGAGCCCAGUCAGCGCGGAGGCUACAGCGUGCGGGAGGAGAGGAGAACGGGCAGACCGGCUUUUUGUUCUUAGCUUUUAUUUAAUAUGAAAUCCUCCCUUUGCUCUGCUCUCCAUCCCCAUCUCUCCAGCAAUCUCUCCCUGCUAUCUGUGAGCAUCUAAAUGAGGUGAUCUCCUGAGCCUGCUGAUACCACUGGCCGUAGUUUAAAAUAAAUGAAUUCAAUUACAGAAGGUGCCCUUCUCGCAGGGACUGCCUCUGCGAGGUUCCCCGUCCCCGCUGGCGUGUUUCUUGCUGCACUCCGAAUCAGACCUCGCGUUUUUGGAGACUGCAGAAGAUAUCUUUGCAUUGGACCAGCAAAGAGAUCCCCACAUUUCUCUGGGAGAAGGAUAUUCUGGGGCAAGUGCAGCUUGUGGCUAAAAUCAAAAGCUGUUUGCCGCUCUGUUAAUGGCAGAAGUCUGUUUAUCGAUGUGGCUUUUGGUUCCUGCAGCCUGGGAGGGUUGAGAUUUGAAGAGUGGUGGUGGUUUUGGUGUAGAGAAGUUUGAUGGGACCAAGUCACCAACAUUUCAGUAGGUUUCUUAGAAGGACCGUAACUUAGAGGACUGCUUCCUCGGCCUUUUGGCAGAUCUGGUUUCAUGGUCUCUUUGGAAAACGGUUGUGCAUUCGCGGUUCGGUUUGGAAAGGGGGCUGUAUGGUAGCGAAGCUUUAUGAGAGCUGGGAUUCAAAUGACUUGUGCGUUGGGGUGAUGGCUCAGCUCCUGCUUUUCCCUGGGUUGUGCCUGGCUGUCGGCCCUGGCUGCCCCUUCGUGGCUGGGGAGUCGGGCGUAGCAGGAGCCCUCCCGCUGCCUGGCUGACCUCCAGAGGCGAGGAGGUCCCGGGACGUUGUGCCGGAAUGGGAUCCCACCUCGGGAGGUGCCGAGCGCCUUCUCCCAACAUCCCAUUUUUAUGGUGGGUAUCCUCCCUGCAGCCGCAGAACCUCAGGCUUUUUCCGUUUGUGGGAUUAAACCCAUGCAGAGGGAUUUCAGCUGCUUAAGGGAGACUAAAUCCCCCCUGUGCCAUCAGCAGCGGAUGCUGCGUCCGGCCAGAGCCCCUGUGCCGUCUGCGGGGAGCCGGGUGCCGAGCGGUGCCGGGUGCCGCAGAGGCAGGUCCCCUCCGCUGCGGUGCUCCCGCCUCUGAUGAGAUGCGCAGGCAGCCGGGGUGCUCUAGCAGGAGAUUCAUUUCCAUAGAAACCAAUUGGGAUGUUGUACGGGGAAUAAUGAUUAAUAGUGAAGGGAUGUUGCCUCAGGCCCUUUUCAUUUUUUAGGGGGCAGCGAGGGACAAGCUGGAGCCCAGGUAGGGGGAUAGGCAGUCUUAAAACUAAUGGAAACCAUCCCUUCCCUUAAUGUCCAGGGCAGCCUCCCCUCUUCUCCUCCCGCCCUGCCCCCCCACUGCUGCUUCCCAGCUUUCGUCAAAUUUUCAAAAUGGCUAACCUGGUUAGAAAUAAUCAUAAUAAUAAAAAAGGAUGGAUGAGGGCUGACUACUAACAUUGUUGCUGUUAGCAGCAGGAUUUCAGCCAUAAAACAUGAAGCAAGGGAGGCAUUGACCUUUCCGCUGUUUGAAAUGAAUGGAGACAUCAAUAUCUAUUGUUUUGUGGCAUUGACCUCUGACGCUCUCCGUUCUCCCUCCUCUUCUUUCUUUUUUUUUCUUUUUUUUAAUUUCCCCCUGACACUCGAGGAAAGGGGUCAGUUUGUACCAUCUAUUGAUCCCGAUCUUACUUAGCGAUAGGGAAAUAAUUAGAAUUUUAAAGAUCUCUGCUGCGCCCUGGCAAAACACACUCGCAGGCGUGCAGACUGAGCCCCCGCUUCCCGCCUCGCGUCCUUCCCCCUUCCCCGUGGAAAUCCAAAGCGCGGAGAUCUGAAGGAAGGCAGAUCAAUAUAGGUUUAAUUAUGAUGGGGUUUUUAUUUCAGUUUUUAAAAUGGUAAAGUGUAACGUUUUAUGUUAGUGUUGUCGGAGCCUGGCUGCCUGGUGCCUUGUUUUAUUGUUUUAAGUAGCCCCUUCUUUUGUGAACUUCAUCUAUGCACCGAGAAUGUGAAAUCAGGCAUUGCUAAUUAGCUGUAUGACAAUUAAGUAAUGUAGCACAAAACCAUUAGGACACUGGAUUUGUUUUUGAAGUUUGUCCUUUGAAGUGGAAGCUGCAACUCCCUGCCCAAGGCUGCUGGAAAAAUGUUUUUCUAUCAAAACUUUCUUUGAAAAUAAAAUGUCAGUGUAAGAGUCCCUAUUUCUGUCAUCUCUCCCAUACAAACAGCGGGUGGAAAUUGUUUCUCAUUGUAAAAACCGCUGGCACUGAUAGCACGGGGAAUUCAGAAAAGCGUUAAAUGGGCAGUUGGUCUCCAAGCGCCCUUGGUUGUGGUGGAGACGUUGCCCAACGUGCUGGUUUGGCUUGUUGGAAGAACUGUGGUGCUUGGAGAGGACCCUGCUCACCACCAGCACCCUGGAGAUGCCGACGAGAGGUGGGGGCUGCCCCGUGACGUGUGGGGUGAUGCCAGGAGGCCGCGCAGCCCGUCUGCGAAUACCGACCCGCUCCUCGGCUCGGACCGCUCCAUCCGUGCACUCGUGACACUUGUGUUUGCAUCUGGCCCUUCGUUCUAGUAGUGAAUCAAGUUCUGAAUGUGCAACUUUCAUGUACGCUGGUGGCAUGUAAAACUCCCAAUAAAGAGUGAAACCAAGUUUGA